AUGGAUCUCGUGGCGAGUAUUCGAAAGGAAGGCAGCCGCGGCGGCCGCGACUCUUUCAAAUGGUCCGACGUCAAAACUUCCACCCAUCGCGAAAACUACCUUGGUCACUCCCUCAUGGCCCCCGUCGGACGGUGGCAGCAAAAUCGCGAUCUAUCCUGGUAUGCCAAGGGAGACAAGGACGCAGCAGGAUCUGCCGAAGAAGCUGCGGCGAAACUACGCAGCGAGCGGGAGGAGGAGAUUAAACGCAUUAAGGAGGCGGAACAAGAAGCGAUGGCACGCGCAUUAGGUUUACCUGUCGCCUCGAGGAGCUCCAAUAAUGCAAAUAUGACGCCUCUGGGUGGGAAAGAGGUAGAGAGGGCUAUUCAGGAAUCUAGUGCGGCAGACGAGGGAGCGCAGGAUGGUGGCGGUUCCAGGGGUGUUGGGUUUGGGUCGUUUCGGGGAACGGGAGGGACAAAGGCUGGAGAUCAGGGAGAUAGAAUGGAAGGGACAGGGUAUGAAAUGGUGCCAGAAAAAGGGCUGGAGCGGCGUGGGACACGAGAUGGGCGGGGAACUCGGGGCGGGCGUGACGAAGGCGCCACUCUCCAUCUGCGGAUAGAGAUUAUGGGGUUCGAUGCCGGGACCGCUCGAGAUCGACUGGGAGGCGAAGACAUCGUUCGAGAUCAAGUGAUAUGGACGCCUAUAAAAGGCACCGUCCAUUAUCUAGAUCACGGAGCCAAAACCGAUGGCGGGGAAGAGGCGCGAGGGAGAAGCGUGCCCGUGAACGGAGCUCCUCUCCCGCCCAGCGUCGAAGUCAUCAUGAUCGCCGUUCCAGGAGGAACGAAGACUACGAUCGAGGAAGAUAGAAAGGAACACAAUUAUUAA